AUGUCGUCAUCAUCCUCAUCCAAUAACAACUCUCCACCAUGUGCAGCGUGCAAGAUUCAGCGAAGAAAAUGCACCCAAGACUGCAUUUUCAAACCCUACUUUCCUUCCAACAACCCUCAAAAGUUUCUCUACGUACACAAAGUGUUCGGUGCUAGUAACGUUGCGAAGCUACUCAACGAGGUGAACGAGUCGCAACGUGAGGAUACUGUGAGUUCUCUGGCUUAUGAAGCAGAAGCGCGUUUGAGGGAUCCUGUUUAUGGUUGCGUUGGGCUUAUUUCGUCGCUUCAGGAUAAACUCAAAAGCGUGCAGAAUGAACUUUAUAAUGCCAAGAAGGAUCUUGCUUGUUAUGUUGGGCCUCAGGCUUUUCUUCCUCCUCCUCUUUCGCCGCCGUUGCCUCCGACGGCGACGAAUGUGAAUCCUUUUUAUACUCAGCAACAGCAACAGCGUCAAGAUGUUUUUGGUUAUAAUGGCGAUAAUGAAAACUUGUAUUCGAACUUUCAAGCGCAGUCUUUUCAUCAUCCGUUAAUGGUUUCUUCAGAACAGCUACAACAACAACAACAACCUAAUAAUGGGUUUUGCUCCAAGAAGUUUUUAAAGAUGGAAAGACAAAAUCUUGGAUAG